AUGCCGGUUAAAUUAAUUGCAAUCGUCUCACUGUCGUGUUUACCGUUUUUGUUUACGUUAGACGGAGAUUUUGUUUUUGAUGACUCUGAAGCAAUUGUAAAAAAUGAAGAUGUUACUUCGGAUUCGUGGACUGAACUAUUCACACACGAUUUUUGGGGUGCAAAAAUUAAAUCAAACUUUAGUCACAAAUCUUACCGGCCCCUUACUGUAUUGUCGUUCAAGCUCAAUUACUUCCUGAAUAAUAGAACUUUAUCAGCCUUCCAAUUUAAAGUGACAAACUUAGUAUGUCACGUCAUAUGUUGUCUGUUGGUGUGGAAAGUGUUUCAGACUCUUACAAGUCGUAAGGUCCUCUCUGUCGUUAUAAGUGAAAGUGAAAGACUAAGCAGGGAUUUAGAUAGCAAUAAGUACUGGUGGAGAAACACACCAUUCCUGGCGACACUAUUGUUCAGUGUGCACCCCGUCCAUGUGGAGGCUGUAUGUGGUGCAGUUGGCAGAGCUGAUAUCUUGGCUGCUAUAACAUUUUUCCUCGCCAUUCUUUGCUAUAGCCAGGCACAAGCCAAAGACUCGCGUGCAUAUUGCUUUUUGCUAUCUACAAUAUUUUUAGCUGGUAUGUCUAUGUUAUUUAAGGAGAAUGGUAUUACAGUUUUGGGAUUUUGCAUAGUUUAUGAGGUAGUAACAAAGUUGAAGAUAAAUAGAAUAGAAAGUAGGACUGCUAGGAUCCUGAGCCUAGACAACAUAACUGUGGACUCUAUGUUCAGGGUGAGUGCCAUGCUCACCAGUAUAUUGACCCUGAUGUAUGCAAGGUGGGCUGUGAUGGGGAACACAAGGCCGGAGUUCAAAUCCACUGACAACCCAGCAGCAUUUGCCUCUGAUCCAUUUGUUAAAGUAGCCACACACAACUAUAUAUACUUUUUGAAUCUGCUAUUGUUUGUAUGGCCUCAGUGGCUGUGCUAUGAUUGGUCGAUGGGAUGCAUUCGAUUGGUUGAGAAUAUGAGAGACACUAGAAUGGUGUUGGUGUACUCUAUGUAUAUAUUCGGCAUGUACAUGCUGGAGACUAUGUACAGCGGGAGAAACAUGAAGAUAACCAACAGGAUAAUGUUCUUCGCAGUAUCUCUGGUAGUGUUGCCAUUCUUGCCAGCCGCUAACAUUCUAUACCCGGUAGGCUUCGUGAUUGCCGAGAGGAUUUUGUACAUACCAUCGGCUGGAUACUGUCUCCUAAUAGCCAUUGGAUUCAACAAACUCUUGGAUAGGAGGUCGACGAAAUUCCGCAAGAUUGCUCUGUUGACGUUCAUGUCAGUGGUGAUGCUAUACGGUGUGUGGAGCUGGCGUAGAUCUUACGACUGGCAAAAUGAAUACAGUCUCUUCAUUAGCGGGAUGGCUGUCUGUCCGUUAAAUGCUAAAGUUCAUUACAAUAUUGCGAAGAUAGCUGAUGCGAAUAAACAAUACGAUAUGGCUAUAUCCGAAUAUAAAGAAGCUAUAAGGCUGUACCCACAAUAUUAUCAAGCAAUGAACAAUUUGGCGAACUUACUUAAAAAUCGAAAACAAUAUACAGAAGCUGAACGUUACUUAAGAUUAGCUGUGAAAAACAGAUUUUCAUACUUAAACCGUGAUGACAUGGACGAUUUCCCAGCUGCUUGGAUGAACUUGGGCAUACUUCUAGCUUCUACCAAUCGUCUCAAAGAAUCGGAAGCAGCUUAUAAAACUGCUUUGAAUCACCGCAAGAAUUAUCCAGACUGCUAUUAUAAUUUGGGCAAUUUGUACCUUGAAAUGAAUAAAACUGAGGCAGCUAUAGAGAGUUGGCUCCGAGCUAUUAAUCAGAGUCCUAAGCACGUCUUAGCUUGGACUAACCUGUUGGCUUUGAUGGAUAAUACUGGACAAAUUGACAGAGCGCUGGAAAUCAUACCGCAAGCGUUAAAGGAACUACCUGAGGCUCCUGCUGUAAACUUUGCCAUAGCCAACAUGUAUGGAAAGCUGAGCCGGUACGAGGACGCGGAGACACACUUCCUCAAGGCAAUCAAGUUGUUUGACAAGGAUAUCAAGGCCAUACACUACGCCAACCUAGGAGUACUUUAUCAUCGAUGGAAAAAAUAUCGUCUGGCAGAAGAAAUGUACACCAAAGCUCUAAAAAUUGACCCAUCGUUCAAGACUGCUCAAAAAAAUCUUGUUUCCCUUCAGAAACGUAAAAUUAAAUAA